AUGAUCCCCAUUUCUACGUCAGCGACCACACCGUACUUUACUAAGAUUGAGGCAGGACAUAAUCGUCAUUCUCUUUCUUCCUUGGUUUCCCAUAAUGGACGACUUGGCAGUCGCGUUUUGUCUUCAAGGUUUCCGCGAGAGGAAACCGCCAUUGAGAAAGGGCAAUUGGACGACACCCUGCAGAAUCCAAUGGCUAGGAAAGUGCAACCCAGAGCUCAUGCUACCAGCAAUACGCGACCGCUUUCCCAAUUACCGACAGAAAAGGGUUCUCGACUCUCCGGCACGCUUGCUUCACCGGAUGGAAUGGCAAACAAAAUGCCACAACCAAUCGACAACGUCGAGUCAGGCAGGUUCUACUGGACCAGAAGGAGCUCAGAGACCUUGAAGAAAUCAUCAUACGACACAAACCCAACCAUGCCACCUAUUCAUCAACCCGACGAGAUCACCUACAGGCGAACCACCAGGACGCAAGAACGAAGCAGACACAGAACCCGCGCAGAUCGAAUGACCCAGCAACGGACCUCACCCCUCAGCGAGUCGCAACCCCAAGAGGAAGAUAACGAACUCUCCCACCCUCUCCACCAAGUCUCUCAACCCCAGCCCACCCAAUACUGGCUCGGCCGCUUCGUCACCCUAACCAACGCAUUCCACUACGAAGACUCGUUCAACCAGCCCGACACUGCGACGGGAUUUGGCAUGCUCUCGAGCUACUCGCGUCCGGAUGGGAGUGCAGAGAGGAAUUUGGCGAAUUAUCGGAUUAAGAGGGCGUUUAUGGUGCUAGAGAAUGCGUGCUUGACGGAGGAGGCGAGUUGGAGUCUGAGGGCGUUUCAGAGUGAGUAUAUUGGUGUGAAGGGGGAUCGGUGGAUGGGUUGA